GACCACGCCCUCCCCAACACCAUCCAUGCCGUUCCACACAUUAGCUGCUGUACCUGUAGUACUAUUAUGGCUCGGCGCAGUGCUUGCCGCAAGGUUCCCACUGUUUGGAGCAGCAUCGCCACAACCUAGCAGCCAGUGCCAAAGAAAAUGCGGCAGCGUAGACAUCCCUUACCCGUUCGGCAUCGUCAAUUCUCCCGACGACGACGACGGCCACUGCGCCAUGAACGGCUUCAGCCUGACCUGCAACGACAGCGGCAUUGAUGAUGGUGGUCGCCACAGGCCAUUUUAUGACGACGUGGAGGUCGUCGGCGUCUCGCUCCAGCAAGGUCAGGCCCGGAUGCUGAAUGAUAUCUCCUAUUAUUGCUACAACACCACCACUCGGGAGAUGGACCCUUCAGGUUCAUCCUACAGGUGGCUGGACUUCGCGGGCACACCCUUCAGGUUCUCUGACACCACCAACAAGUUCACGGUCAUCGGUUGCCAAACGCUGGCGUACAUCAUAGAUGAUGGAGGCGAUUACGGCGACGGCGGCAACAAGUACAUGAGCGGGUGCGUGGCCAUGUGCCGGGGAGACGAUGUGAUGUCGACCCUGAGCAACGGCUCGUGCUCCGGGAUAGGGUGCUGCCAGACCGCCAUCCCCAGGGGGCUGCAGUACUACCACGUGGAGUUCGACUCUGACUUCAACACGACGGGAGAUCCACAACGUCAGCCGCUGCAGCUACGCGGUGCUCAUGGACUCGUCCAACUUCACCUUCUCGACCACCUAUGUGACCUCGCCGGCGUUCAAGAACAACUACGGCGACCAGGCGCCGUUCGUCAUGGAUUGGUCUAUCGGGAAUGAGACGUGCGACGUAGCGCGUAACAAACCUGGGCCAUACGCGUGUGUCAGCGACAACAGCGACUGCUUCAACUCGCUCAAUGGACCAGGCUACAUCUGCAACUGCUCCAAAGGCUUCCAUGGUAAUCCUUACCUGCAAGAUCCGGAGCACGGAUGCAAAGACAUUGAUGAAUGCAAGCUCCCCCAACUGUAUCGCUGCACAAAUGGCGGGGUCUGCAGUAACAGGCUGGGAGGCUAUGACUGUCCAUGCAAAUUUAGAUGGAAAGGCGACGCCAAAGCGGGAACUUGCAUAGAUCAUUUCCCUCUAGCAGCUAAGGUAGUAGUCGGUACAAUUGUUGGCAUUCUUAUCAUGGUGAUUAUAACGUUUCUUGUUAUUCUUCACAAAGAGAAAAAGAAGAUAGCAGAAUUCUUCAAAAAGAACGGCGGGCCUACAUUAGAGAAGGCAACAAGCAUUAAAAUUUACAAAUAUGAGGACCUCAAGUCAUUUCUAAAGAGAAACAACUUAAUUGCAAAUGGUUCCUUUGGUGAAGUUUACAAGGGCCUUCUUGAAAAUAAACUAGUUGCGGUCUAGUUAUCUCACAUCUUUUUUUUCAUAUAAGCAUCUGUAGACCUUGGAACACAGGAGGCAGGGAUGGCUCGCCUCUCGCCUGGGACGGGCGCUCGCGACCCCUCGUCGCCGCCCGGCGACUGCUCGCCGCCUCGCCCGCGCGGAGCCCCUCCUGAUGCCCCUCUCCUCCUCGGGUCCCUCUCCUGGCUGCUCUCCGGCGACGCUUCCUCAACCCUCUCCCUCCCGUGGCGCGUUCCCGGCGGGCCGUCCGCCGCCGCCCCGGCGUCGGCCGUGGCGGCUCCUCCCUCGAGCGCGUCUGCUACGCUCCUCCCCCGCAACGACGACUACGACGCACUGCUGCGAGGUCUUUGGCUGGGAAACCCGGCCGCGUCGUCUUCAAAAAACCAGAUGUGCAGGAAGGCGGCUUCGGGAUCCGGGAUCUCCGUCGGCAGAACAUGUGUCUGCUCCUCAACUUCGUCCACAAGCUUCAUCAACCCGACUGUCCGCCGUGGAAACGGUGGUUUCUCAGCACCACCAGGAGAGAUGUUGGCGACCCCUGCUCGGCUCCUUCUUUCCUUGGGGCCAUCAUUCUCAGCGGCCUCCCGACGUACAGGUCUAUCACCCGCGUGGAUCUCCGCGACGGGCGCGCCACCUCGUUCUGGCACGACCGUUGGCGGCCCGGCCGCGCCCUCUGCUUUGAGUACGCGGCAUUGUACUCUCACUCGACGCGCCCGAACGCCUCGGUGGCAGCAGUGUCCGCCGACGGUCUGCACCUCCAGAGGCGCCUCUCCUCCGUUGCCGCUUCCCAGCUUGCGGCUGUGCAGGCGAUCAUCAGUGACCUUGGGCUUGUGGACGCUCCGGAUGGUCGACUCAUGGCCUGGGGGGAGGACGUGGAGUUCAGCUCGCGCGCCGCGUUCAGGGUCAUGUCCCCCCACGGGGUGCUCUGCCAGUCUUCCAUCAACAUCUGGAGUUCGCGUCUCCCGCGGAAGAUCAAGAUCUUCGCGUGCCUUCUGGUCCGGGACCGCCUUAGUACCCGGAAGAACCUGCAUGCGAAGAGUUGCACCCCCUCUAGCACGUGCGCCUCCUGCCCCAACGAGGAGUCCACUUCUCACAUCUUCGCCGCCUGCGGUCGUGCGGUUUCGACCUGGACUCGCCUCGGUCUGGGCCCUUUCCCCUCGGUGGAUGCGAUCCUCGCCUCUCCCUCGCCGCCCGCCGACGUGGCUGCGUUGUGGAAAGAUGGGCUCUACGUGCUUCUCUGGCAGAUCUGGAAGGCCAGGAACAACGCCACCUUCAACAACAUACGCUGCACCGCCUGUGAUAUCCUCUUGAGGACGGCCGACGACCUCCUGAUUUGGAGCAGGCGCUAUGACGCUCCGUCUCGGGAUCGACUUCUGGCCAUCCGACUUUUCUUUCUCUCAGUCCUCUAGACUGCCUCAUGGCGGGUUUCUCUUUUUUUCGCUUCUUAUCAUGUUGUUUUUUAUCUUUUCGAUGAAAAACACUGUAUGACUGCCAGGUCCUUCGAGUAAUAUAACAACCGGUGGGGCACAAUGCCCCCCCAUCAUUCUCGAAAAAAAAUAAACUAGUUGCAAUAAAGAAGCCGAUUAAUGGUACCGUGCGAGAGAAUGAACAAUUUGCAAAUGAAGUCAUCAUCCAAUCUCAAGUCAUCCACAAGAACAUUAUUAGGCUCAUUGGUUGUUGCCCUGAAUUUGAAGCCCCCCUCCUCGUCUAUGAGUUUAUCUCCCAAGGUAGCCUCCAUAACAUUCUUCACAACAAUAAUAACAAGGUGCCUCUCAACUUGGAUGCACGUUUAAGAAUUGCUGCACAUUCAGCGGAUGGUCUAGCUUAUAUGCACUCACAAGCAAACACUAGAAUUCUACACGAUGAUGUCAAACCAGCAAAUAUACUCUUGGAUGAGAACUUUGCACCCAAAAUUUCAGACUUUGGCAUAUCUAGGUUGCUUGCAACAGACAAACAACACACUACGUCAAUCAUCGGCGACGUGAAUUACAUGGAUCCAAUAUAUCUACAAGAAGGCCUACUCACCGAAAAAAAUGAUGUCUACAGUUUCGGAGUUGUGAUGCUGGAGCUUAUUAGCAGGAGGAAGGCCAUAUAUUCCGAAAAUAACAGCUUGGUAAAGUGUUUCCUUGAAGCCCAUAAGGAACAGAAGAAACCGACGGAGUUUUUUGACAAGGACAUUGCAAUUGCGGAGGAUUUAGAGCUUCUUGAUAGUCUGGCAGGUAUUGCCGUGCAAUGCCUUAGCCUUGAUGUAGAUCAAAGAUACACGAUGAUGGAGGUAGCUGAGCAGCUACACAAACUGAGUCGAUCUCGUAAGGUGUAAGAUGUUUGUCACUAAGCUACAUUUGACAAAAGCCUUCUUUGUUUCCGUGUAAAAAAUGCAACUGUGUUUCUAUGGUGGCUGAAUGCAAGCAGGAUGCAUUUGUAAUUAUGUUUCUAUGGUUUUGUAACGAUAUGUCACAGCACUACAUUUUUACCAAAUAUGUAACCAUGUGAA